AGGAGCGUCGCGCGUCGAAACCCGCGCGCGGCGACGGCGAGCGCGCGACCAACGGCGAGGGGAGAGAGAUGGAGCGGAACCCGCGAGAGGACGCCAAGCCGGAGGCCUCGGGUUUAACGAUGCGAACCUUCGAGUGUAAGUGCUGCGGGAUCGAGAUCAACUACGAGUACAAAGGGCGCACGCCACCGUACGAACCGUCGAUCGUUUUCCUCGAGGACGGAUACUUCCGGCGAGACCCGUUCGCGGACGUGAAACGCCCGCUGUUCAUAGGCGCGGACUGCAACGUGUGCUCGCGUCCGGUGUGCGCGCAGCCGACGUGUUCGUUGUUCUUCACCAAACGCUUUUGCGCGGCGUGCGCGAAGCAAUACGCGGAGGGGUUCCCGCUCGAGUUGCGGCCGGAUUUAGAAAAACUACAAGCGAUGCCGGUAGCCCCGGCGACGUUUGACGUAGACUACGGAAUUAGAACAUCAAGCUAGG